GACCAUGUCAGAAGGGGAUCGACCUAAAAGUGGCCUGAGUUUAGCCAGCAGUACAGCUACCAUUUCUUCAGUCUCCAUGGGAACAAAGCCACAUGUAGCCCGGCCAGUCCGGAAAGUGCACACAUUUGGGAAGAGAGCAAACUCCAUCAAGAGAGAUCCUAACUCUCCCGUUAUAAUGCGUGGCUGGCUUUAUAAGCAGGAUAGCUCUGGGCUCAAACUAUGGAAACGGCGCUGGUUUGUCCUUUCCAAUUACUGCCUCUUCUACUACCGAGACAGCCGUGAAGAGAUGGUUUUGGGCAGUAUCCUCCUCCCCAGCUAUGAGAUUCGGACAGCUUUCUCCAAGGAGAAGAAGAACCGUCGCUUUGUAUUCAAGGCUGAACAUCCAGGCAUGCGGACUUACUAUUUCAGUGCAGACACCCAGUUGGAUAUGAAUAGCUGGAUCAGGGCCAUGAACCAGUCAGCUGCUGCUGAGUGCAACUGUGGAAACCUCAACCAAGGGGGUCUCCACAGCCACUCAGUGUCUGCCCACACCAGCUUUGAGGACAUUCGGCUCCCACAGGGUGAUUGUGCCAAAAGCACCGAGUCACUAGAAGUUGCCCAUCUCUCAGAGAUCCAGGAGUCCCGGGCCUCCUCGUCCGAGAGCCUCCACCUGCCUGACAUCCAGACAGGAUCUCCUUGCCUUAAGAGGGCUUCUUUAUCCAGUUCGCUCAACGGGAGCUACUGCCGUGAAAAGAAAGAGCAGCCAGAAUUGAGCUCCCUGUCGUCCCAAACACAUGGAUGUCCCUCUCCGAUUAGUUGCACUAAGUUCUCUUCCCGGCCACGGACCCCACUACCGCCUUCAUCUGAGAGUCCACCUCCUCCUUCUCCAUCUCAGAUAUCUCAGCCUUCCCCUGAGUUUUCACUGCGUUCCUCCCGUGCUUAUUCCCUCCCAGUAGCCCCAGCCGAGUCCCCAAAGUUGCCACAGGCUCACCCGUCGGACAUGCAUGAUGCCCAUCGGAGCCCUCAUGAUGCCCACCGGAGCCCCCAUGAUGCCCACCGGAGCCCUCCGCGAUCUGUAGUUGCACAGGCUGCCUCCUGUGGUGACCUCUCUAUCAUGAGCUCUCCAAGGACUCUGCAUGCCAACAUUCCCAUGGGGAGGGUGGACAUUGCCCCCAACAAAUGCCUUCCCAAUAACCCUUAUGCUGUUGUGUCACCAGCCCACAAAGGCCACUCUCUGACCCCUGCAGACCGGUAUGAUGUGCUCCCUACUUCUGAAGACUCCUAUGCCAGGCGCUACGCUCAAAGUCCUCAUCUCCGUAGAGUCCGGCCUGUGGGUGAAGAUGGCUUAGUCCCCUCAAUAGGGAGACCACAACAAAACAGAUUUACAGACCGAGGUUACCUCUCUCCAUCAGUUGGCCCGUCCCGUGCUUUGGUCAUGUCCCGCCUUCAUGGCCGACUGAUAACCCCCCACUCUGCCUCAUCAAGCUACUUGCACCUACCACCCCUUCCUCCCCUGCCUACUCGGCCCACCCCAGGGAAAAGGACAUCUGUUGGGGUCACGAGUCGAAACGCACUGCGGGAAAGGAGCAGCCAUUCUCCUGGCAGGCAGCGGUUUGAAAGUGAUGCUGAUGCUCUCUUGACAAAAUUGUGUGGCCAAGACAAGGUGCUUCGAGGUCUGGAAGAAGAGACAGAGCAUCUCCGUAUUGAAAAGGAACGUCUUGAAAAGGCCUUGGAAGUAACACACUUGAGGCUGGAAGAGUUUAAAGGCCAAGAUGCCACUGUGGAGAAGAUCUGCUAUCAACAAAGGCAACUACAAGAUGAGCUGGUACAUACCCGUGCCCGUCUCUGCGAUCUUGCAUUGGACAGUGAACGAGUGUGGGAGGAUUAUACGGCCUUGGAAAAUGAUGUACAGAUGCUAAAGGGCUCCUUGGAGCAUAUCCGGACUUCCGGGCAUCCCCAGGACCAAGCAGCAGCUCAACAGGAUUUGUGGAGAAUCUAUGACAUCCUGGCGGGAUUGAGAUGCAGCCCGGCAAAUUAUCGCACCCUGGAAAACCGAAGAUCAGGUGUAUCUCCAAGCUCACCCCCGCCUCUGGAUUCUAAUUUGGGGGCAAAUCAUCACCCUUUGCUAUCCUGCACCGAAACAGAGGAAUCUACAUCCAGCUGUGGGCCGGAGACAGGAAAACCAGCCAGAAUGGGGAGCAAGCAGCAGGAUGUUCCUGGUUCAGCAAACUGGCAGCAAAGUCCAUCUACCUCCAGCAGAGGGCAGUUGGGAGCAUCUCAGCAUGUGGAUGGACUCAAGGGGUCCCCAAAUCAUCCCUACAUUGAGCCCCCAGAGAGUGGGAAAGGGAAGCUUGGCAGAGGAGCAGAUUCUGUUAGACCAGACCAUGAAGGCUGCAUCCAUAGAAGUGAAGGUCCUGAACACAGCGUUGUCCAGGUGGCCUCUUCUGAAACGACGGUCCCUCGGCGGUCCCGCAUGAGCGCCCAGGAACAGCUGGACAGGAUGCAGCGGAACCAGGAGGCCAAACGGAAAUCUGAGGCUGCCCAGCCCUCACCUCUGGGCCACUGGCGAGACUCUCUCAAGCAUGGGUCUAGCCGGCCCCUCCCCAAUGCCCCCCCUGAGCCAUCACCCAAGGAGGGAAUGCAAUUUGGGGAAGUCAAGCCUCCUCGGUGCCCCCCAACCCCUGAGUGGGAGCGACAGCGAGUAAUCCAGCUCUCCUAUGCGCUGGCGACAGAGGCUUCGCAGCGGGGAAAACUCCUCACAGGAAGGACCAGUUCUUGCUCCUCCCUAGAUGAUUUGCUUGCCUCAGAAGAUGGCUUGAACCAUCACUAUUUUCCUGGGGAUGGCACCUGCAUAAAGCUAGACUCUAGCAAUACAACAGCUGGACACAAUCAAAAAAUUACUCAGAGUCCCAGCUGUAGCACUGACUCUAAAGUUGCAAAUCAAGUGCCAACUUCACCUCAAGCAACCAAACCAACAUUCAGUGCCUCAGAAGCUUCUGACUGGUCCUUGCCUUGUCCUUGUGAGGAAAGUUGGUUGCCAUCCAAGCUGAAGACUCCACAGCCGACAUCCCACCUGUUUGACCCAGCCAGAGAGGAGCCAUUUCUACUCAGUGGUGCUCAUUGGGAGGAACCUUUGCCUCAGCCAACCAAUUGGAAUGCAUGUUUUUGCAGAACAGCCAAUUGGGUUCUGCCUCCUGUAUGGGACUUAGAGAUGUGGGCAGCUGAUCAAGAACUAGUUGCCAACCCAAACCUAAACAAUGGUAGAUGCAUCCAUUGGAGAGGUGAGCCUCAACAGGUGGCAGCAUAUUUUAGAGAAAUGCCACAGCCUGUUAAGGUCACCUUGAUAAAAUCAAGUUUUUAAUUGAACUGGGAUGAAGAAAAAAAAUCUAAACUGUCAAAAAAAUAAGGGCAAGUCUCUGGAUAUGGUUGCCUGCUCUAAAUCCUAGAAAUAUUCAAAAUAAGAACAGAUAAACUUUGGCCUUUUAGAUCAGAAACACCAUAUCUUCUGCAUGUGAACAUCUCCAGCAUACCUGUAUUUCUCAAUCAAAUUUUCUCAGUUACUUUCUCCCUAAUUCAUCUAGUCUAGAAAAAUCAUUUUUUUGGUUUAGUUUUCAUUGUUGCUGCAGUCCUAGACACUCCCAGAAAUAAAUCAUGAUGAGUUCCAUGGUCUUGGUCUAUAGCAGUGUUUCUCAACCUUGGCAGAUUUAAGAUAUAUGGACUUCAAGGUAUCUUAAAGUUGCUAAAGUUAAGAAACACUGGGCUGGGGAAUGGGAGCAUCCAAUUUCAAAUAUGUAUGUAUUCAAGAAGUGUAGUAGUUGUGGCAGAAACUGCUCUUGAUGUUUAGGAGGUUAAAACCCAUCCAGAUUUCCUCAGGAAGUGUUUUCCCUUUAAGAAAAAAAGCUAAGGUAUCCAUGUACAGAUGCCUUAUAGUGGAAACUCCUAAAAAUAAGGUUACCAUGCUUAAAGAUGUACAACUGUUUGAUAGACAUCAAUGGAUAUUCCUGACUAUUGGUCUUUGCAGAUACUCAAAGGCAUAUCGUAUUGUACAUCCUAGUUGGAUGAUACUAAUACUUUCUGUAUUUUUUAAAAUGAUUCCCUCUAUUAUUUUAUAAAUCCCACCUUUAUUAUUUGUACAACUAAUUCAACAUGGCAAACUUAACUAACGUAAUACUCCUUCCUCAUCCUAUUCCCCCACAACAAUAACCCUGUCAGGUAAGUUGGGCUGAGAGAGUGAGUGACUGGCCCAAAGUCAUCCAGCCAGUUUUCAUGCCUAAGGUGGGACUAGAACUUAUCUUUUCCUAGCUAUUGUCUCAAAGACACCCAGCCAGCUUUUAUGCUUAAGGUGGGAUUAGAACUGGCAUUUCACUUUUGCUUACAACUUUGCAGAAAUCUCUGGCUUUACAGAGAUAAUUUCUCAUUCCAUCUUGCAAGCACCUAUGUUUCAGAGCUGUAAUCAUGUUUGAGACAUGCCAGAUUGCAAUUUGGGCGGGGGGGAGCGGGGGAAACUGUUUUCAUAUCAGCAUGGAAGAUAUUUGAGCAUCCUGGGGGUAAAUGUAGGAACAUAAUAGGGUUGUUUUUAGCAAUUGUUGAUCCCUUUUCAUAAUUUGUUUUAUUAAGUUUGUCUUUUGGGUUGUAAAUGGAUAAUAUUUUUUCCCCUGUAAAUAGGGAUGGGGUUUCAGAGAUAAGGAUUAUUUUCUUGGAAUGCCCUAUCAAAAUCUCCUUUUAGAUGACUUAAGAAGCAGCUGUACUUGCAUAAGAAGAAGAAAACAUUGCAAGGAAACUGCCACUAAGUUCUGUAAAUGGGAGUUUUAUCUCCAAUUGGAGAGAGAAAGAAUAGUUUGAUUGUGUGGGGAGAAUCAUUGGGCAAUGGCUGUACUAAAAAAAACAUUUGGAUCUGUCCUAGCAAGCACAAGGAUUGUUUCUAAUGAAAAUUGGUGCCUCUUAAAAACAAAGGCAGUGAUUUAUAUUUUGACCGCAACUCAAGACUGACUGACUUGUUCCCAGUACAAAUGGUCAGUGGCCUGUGCAGGAACAUAUCCCAUAGUUAUUGACCAGAAUGGACAUGUCAUUUUGCCUAGAGCUGCAGCAAACAAAGGUAGGGAAGUUAGUAAGGGAAUGAACAGGAAAGUGAUGAGAAGUGUAGAAAGUGAGAAUACACUGAAUGGAAUUGGAAUGGUUUCAGAAAAAAAAAUGACACAAGGAAAAGAGCUAGCUAGAAAA